GGUUGAAGGACGAACUUCACUGUUAUUUUCUGAAGGUCUUGGAAGCUCUAGACCCACUUGAACACAACCUUUUCCGAGCUCAGGCGCCAAACCCACCCACCUCACCAUAACCAGCACAGAGGACCCAGAAAACCCUAAAGGGCCUCAACAACCCGAGCCACUGCUCAAAAGAUUGAGAUUCGGCAAAGUGUGACAGCGGUUUGUGUUGCUUCCAGUUGCAAUAGCUCUCAGAAUCAUACUGUGUGUGUAGGACAACAUUACUGAGUAGAGAGGACGUAGAGACGGAAGAAGGAAAAUGGGAAAGUCGAGCUACAAGAGGCUCUCUGGAAGCCAGAACCUAAGACAACGGCUUGUGUUGGCUACACUCUCGGCCACCCCGGUUUUGAUUGAGGACAUACGCACUGAUGAUACGUGGCCUGGUUUGCGUCGUCAUGAAGUAUCCUUCCUCCGCUUGCUCGAGAAGAUUUGUGAUGACUGUGCUGUUGAAAUCAACGAGACCGGCACGAAAUUGAAGUUCAAGCCAGGGAUAGUGAUGGGCGGGAGGAAUCUGGUGCAUGACUGUGGUCUUACUCGGUCUAUUGGCUAUUUCUUGGAGCCUUUGAUUGUGCUUGGUCUCUUUGCGAAAAAACCUAUUUCCAUUAAACUUAAAGGAAUCACAAAUGAUUCAAAGGACCCAUCUGUUGAUACCUUUCGGUCUACAACCUUUCCCAUGUUAAAACGCUUUGGAGUUCCCUCAGAAGGGUUGGAGCUAAAAAUAGAGAAUCGUGGAUCUCCUCCUCUGGGAGGUGGUGAAGUGCGUUUGGCAAUUCCGGUUGUUCAAAGUCUCACUGCAGUAAAGUGGACUGAUGAGGGGAUGGUUAAGAGGAUCAGAGGGGUUACAUUCUCAACAAGAGUGUCUUCACAGUUUGAAAAUACCAUGGUUUUUGCAGCUCGUGGAAUCUUUAAUUCCUUCCUUCCAGAUGUUCACAUAUUCACUGACCAUAGAGCUGGUGUUCAUGCUGGAAAUUCACCUGGUUAUGGAAUUUCACUGGUUGCGGAAACAACUUCUGGUUGCUGUCUCUCUGCUGAUACAGCAAUUUCUUAUGCACGUGAGGAAGAAACAGCUGGACUUGAAGAUGAGAAGAAAGAGCUGAUGCCUCCAGAUGAAGUUGGUGUGCAAAUUGCUUCUGUUCUGCUUGGAGAGAUCGAGCAGGGUGGAGUGGUAGAUUCAACACACCAGGGUUUGUUGUUUCUUCUUUGUGCACUAUGUCCACAAGAUGUUUCAAAAGUUCGGGUUGGAAGGCUCUCUCCUUGUGGAAUAGAAACACUCCGACACAUCAAAGAUUUUCUUGGAGUUCAAUUUGUGAUUACAGCCGACCCAACCACUGGAACUGUUAUGCUCAAGUGUGUUGGCUGUGGUCUUAAGAACCUAUCUAGAAAGGUCUCGUGAUGGCCACAAUACGAGUUCUAUUAGCCACUAUGUUUCUUGUGUGCAAAGUAUGGACAGAAGGCACAUGGAUCAACUUUUGAAGGAUACAAAUUAUGGCUUUGUGCUGUAUGCAGUUUUGAUGCGGUCUAUUUGAACUCCUUUAAUUAACAGGGAAAAGUUUGGCACCUUGUAACACAUUUCUAGUUUAGAUUUUGUUUAACAUUUCCUGGAAUUGGAUAUACGAAGUUCUAAUAUGUACUCAGCAAAAUUUUCAUUGUGAUUAAGCAGGCACCACCUAAUAGCAAAUUGAGAUAUUUUUGCCUUUCA